AUGUGCAGACAAGUACCAGGAAUCAACCAGAUUGAAGCAAACAAUGACAAAAAGCUAGGUUCCUCUAUCUUCUGUUCUUUUUGUUUAGGAGUUCUACUCAUUGUGCACUGCAGGCGGGGUCAAAGCUUCAGAGUACGGUUUGUGCCAAUUGUGUGCUUGAUGUUGAACUUUGUCAUUGCACAAUCAACUGCCGAGUCCAAAAACCUUGCGGUACAGCACUGUGACAUAUUCCGAAGGGUACCCCACUGCGGUCCGAACUCUGCACUUUGUUAG